AUGAAGGCUUAUCGCUGGGGUGGCCCCAAUAGUGGCCUCCAUCUUGAAGAUAUUGCAGUCCCGCAACCUUCUACGGCUGAGGUCCUUAUCCAAGUUGAAACUUGCGGAUUAUGCCAUUCAGACUGCCAUAUUAUCAGUGGAACAGGGGGAGCAUGGAUCCAACAACGGCCUAUUACCCUUGGUCAUGAGGUUGCCGGGAAAGUCAUCGCAUUAGGAGAAAGCGUAUCAGAGGUGCACAUAGGCGACAGAGUAGCAGUGGCCCUGCUAGGACCAGCUGGUGGGAUUGGUCUCAACUACGAUGGUGGAUAUGCUGAAUACGCCGUUGUCCCUGUCAAAUAUCUCGAACCUAUCCCAGACAACGUUAGUUUCGAGCAAGCUUCUGUAGCGACAGAUGCGGUUGCGACAUCUUACCACGCUGUUGUCAGGACAGGCGGAGUCACUGCGUCAACGACUGUCGCCAUCGUCGGUCUAGGCGGUCUAGGAUCAAUUGGCCUGAGAAUUGCGUCGCUUCAAGGAGCUAUCGUGUAUGGCUUCGACAUUGAUAGUAGUAAAUUCGAGGCGGCAAUGCGAGAUGGUGCGAAGUCCUGUUUCUCCAGCCUCGGGGAUGCAAAGGAUGUUACAUUUGACGUUGUCGUGGAUUUUGUUGGGAUCACUUCGACAAUGACUGCGGCUCUCGAGGCCGUCAAGCCGUCCGGACGUAUCGUCCUAACCGGUUUAGGAGACGAAAAGUUGACUUUACCUACAUUUUCUAUUGUCCAUAAGAGUGUAGAAAUCCGGGGUUCGUUAGGUGCGACCAAAGAGGACCUGCGGACUGUUUUGGCCUUGAUAAGUGAAGGAAAGAUAACGCCAGACUUGGAAGAGAUACUUUUUAGCAAGGUGAACGAAGGCUUACUUCGUUUGGAAGCGGGACAGACGAAAGGGAGGCUUUUUACUAGACCAACGUUAGCGAGUGUGUAG